UCGGGUUGAUCCGACUUCUUUUGGCUGCCGUGAGUUAACUGUAUCAUAAAGGGUGCUGUGACUCGAAGGAGGAGGGGGGGGGUUGAAUUGCCACAAUUCUCCCGAUAGGUUACACAUCCGGAGUCCCGACGAUCUUAAUUUGUCGCUCCUUUUCCCUUCAAAGAGAGUGACUUUUAUUGUUUUUAUUAAUUUAUUCCAUUUCUCUUAGUUUAUGGUUUGCACACUGGGAGGGCAGAAAUGGCGGCCAACAUGUACCGGGUCGGAGAUUAUGUAUUCUUUGAGAACUCCUCCAGUAACCCUUACCUGAUCCGUCGGAUAGAAGAACUCAAUAAGACUGCCAGUGGGAACGUGGAGGCCAAGGUAGUUUGUUUCUACAGAAGGAGAGACAUCUCCCACAGCCUCAUCCAGCUCGCAGAUAAACAUGCAAAGGAGCUCGAGGAGGAGAAGGAGAACCCAACAGACACAGAGCUAACAGAAAAACAGAAACACCAGCUCCGCCACAGAGAGCUCUUCCUCUCCCGGCAGUAUGAGAGUCUACCUGCCACACACAUCAGGGGGAAGUGCAGUGUCGCAUUAUUGAAUGAGACUGAAGCCGUUCUUUCAUACCUUGACAAAGAGGAUACCUUCUUCUAUUCGCUGGUGUAUGACCCAACACAGAAAACCCUGUUGGCUGACAAAGGAGAGAUCAGAGUGGGACCGCGUUUUCAGGCAGAUGUACCUGAAAUGCUACAAGAAGGUGAGGCAGAUGAGCGAGAUCAGGCCAAACUAGAAGAGAAACUGUGGGAUCCAGAGUGCCCACUCACCAACAAACAGAUAGACCAAUUCUUAGUGGUGGCACGGGCGGUCGGGACCUUUGCCCGAGCGCUGGACUGCAGCAGCUCUGUUAGACAGCCAAGCUUACACAUGAGUGCAGCUGCAGCCUCUCGAGAUAUCACACUGUUCCAUGCGAUGGACACACUGCACCGCCAUAAUUACGAUUUGUCCAGUGCGCUGAGCGUGCUGGUCCCAGCGGGGGGCCCGGUGCUUUGUAGGGAUGAGAUGGAGGAGUGGAGCGCCUCGGAAGCUGCCAUGUUUGAAGAGGCUUUAGAGAAAUAUGGAAAAGACUUCAAUGACAUCCGACAAGACUUUCUGCCGUGGAAGUCUCUGACCAGUAUCAUAGAGUAUUACUACAUGUGGAAGACUACAGACAGAUAUGUGCAACAGAAGAGACUGAAGGCUGCAGAGGCAGAAAGCAAGCUGAAGCAGGUUUAUAUCCCCACAUAUAACAAGCCCAACCCCAACCAGAUCUCGAUGACCAAUGGCAAGAUGGCGACAGUGAACGGAGCGGGCCCCGGGGCCUACCACGCAGCAGGGGGGGGCAGAGCCUGCGAAAGCUGCUACACCAUGCAGUCAGCCCAGUGGUAUUCAUGGGGGCCUCCAAACAUGCAGUGCCGUCUGUGCGUCUCCUGCUGGAUGUACUGGAAGAAGUACGGUGGUCUGAAGAUGCCAAGCAGAGCUGAGGGUCCAGAGGAGAGGACCUCACCCACUCCAGCAAGCAAUGAGUCUCGCUCAAGGAGUCACGCUCCCCGCCAGUCCAACCACAUGGUGCCGAUGCGAAACAGCAACAGCCCCAAAUCCUCCAUGAAGACCAAGCAGGCUUUCCUGCUGCAGGCCACCCGCCUCACCAAGCUGGCCCGGCACAUGUGCCGUGACAUCAUCAGGCUGCGCCGUGCUGCGCGCCGGCCCUUUGUCCCCAUUAACUGUGGGGCCAUAAAGGCAGAGUGUAAGAGCUCUUUCAAUUCCUCCUAACUUCUGCCACAUGGAUACACACAUACACAUCUCCAGACAGAACACAGCAUACAGAGACACACACCAACACACAGACACCUCCCCUCACCCCGACUGCCCCACCAUCAACCCCUGACAUCUCUGCCCGCCUCUGCCCCACCCACCCCCUCCGUCUGUCUCUUUCUGUUUUUAUUAUAAUUAUUGUUAUUAUUAUUUUGUUUUUUGUAUUCUCCCACCCCGUUUCCAAUAAAGACUGCCUGUCCUCAUAACUAUGAGUUUUGAUCAUCUUUUCAUUCGUGUUUUUUCUUUAUUUUUAUUUUUUUAUUCUUUUGCCUGUUGUUAUGUUUCUGAGUCACUUUGAACUGAAAGCCAUUGUUCGAGUGGUUAAACAGGGCUACACACACCCACACACACACACACACUCUGACUGAAGUCGCUCCUGUCAUAAUAAAUAGAUUGUAACAGCAUCCAGUAGAAGUCUAGUCUGAGCCGUAUAUAUUUGCUGAAGUUGCUGGUAGAGGAAAUGUAUUUUAUUAAGAAAAGCUCUAUUUUGCACGGCGCUCCUGGUAAAGGUGCGUCCAGUCUGUGCUGUUAUGACUGAGCGAGUUGUCUCAGCCACAUAUGUUCAUUGUAAAUACUGAACCUCAGCUUCACUGUCUUUGCCAUCACCAUUUUCAAAGAAUCUUUUAAUUUAAACUUUUCUUUUUUGCACAUGCGUUUUUCCCUCCUAUUGAUCAUGUGUGUAUCUGUGUACAAGACAAAGUGAACUGUUUGGAUUGAUUGUCAGCUUCAGACAGAUUUGGAACCCUGAAGGAAGGAAGGUGAAGAGAAGACUUGGGUAUAGCUGCUGGCUGAAUUGCCCUUAGUAGAUCAGGCCCACUCAUAAGCAGUCCAGAUCCCAUUUGGGGAUGGACCUUUUGCCGUAUUAUUCACUCAGCUAAUUUCCUGUGUUUCAAAUCAUGCAAUAUUCAUAUGAAUCCACCCUGUCUCGUAUAUCCUGUGGACAGGAUUUGCCACUCAGACUCAUUUCUCGCCUUCGAUUUCCCCUCCCUCAUCUUUCAUUCUCUAACGAUUGUUGCAAUAUUCUCAUCUCAUCUUCUACCUCUACUUUUUUUUUUUUUUUUGCUCUUUUCUUUCAUUGCUGUGUGAAUGUGAGAGUAGACCUGCAAUAAAGUCACACCUGAAAGCA